GGGCUCUGGGCGCUCGGGCGGCUCGGGCGGCCCGCGCGGGCGGGCGGCCGCCAUGGGGAACAAGCAGACCAUCUUCACGGAGGAGCAGCUGGACAACUACCAGGACUGUACAUUCUUCAAUAAGAAGGACAUCCUCAAACUCCACGCCCGGUUCUACGAGCUGGCCCCCAACCUGGUCCCCAUGGACUACCGGAAGAGCCCCAUCGUCCACGUGCCCAUGAGUCUCAUCAUCCAGAUGCCUGAGCUCCGGGAAAACCCUUUCAAAGAGAGGAUCGUGGAGUCCUUUUCCGAGGAGGGGGACGGCAACCUGACCUUCAACGACUUUGUGGACAUGUUCUCUGUGCUCUGCGAGUCGGCGCCCCGGGAGCUCAAAGCCAGCUACGCCUUCAAGAUCUACGACUUCAACACGGACAACUUCAUCUGCAAGGAGGACCUGGAGCGCACGCUGGCGCGGCUCACGCGCUCGGAGCUGGAGGAGGACGAGGUGGUGCUGGUGUGCGACAAGGUCAUCGAGGAGGCCGACCUGGACGGCGACGGCAAGCUGGGCUUCGCCGACUUCGAGGACAUGAUCGCCAAGGCCCCCGACUUCCUCAGCACCUUCCAUAUCCGGAUCUGAGGAGCCCGCGGGGCUGGGACACCCCUCUGCACGGCGCCUCCCGGGAAGGCACCCGGACUCUCCUCAGGGUACCCCAAGGUCUGGUUCCGUCCGGAGGAUCAGGGUUCAAAGCCGGCCCGGGCGGGGAAGCCAGGGGGCUCACGCCUCCAACCAGCCACUGAGGAAGCCGGGAGCGGAGCGGCGGCUCACGUCGUAGGGUACCAGCCCCGAGAGGAAAGCUCGGGGGCGGCGACUGGGCCCCGAGUUCAAGUCACGCGCACACGCGCACGCAAGAAAACUCCCCCGGAGGCGCCGGCAGCAGCCCCGAUGGCCUGGUGACGCCCCGGUCACCCCAGAGUCGUGAGAGCCAGGCGCUGUGGUUCCACAAGCGAUGCACUCUCUUCCAAACCCCGCGGCGGGGCUGCACCCCCCCCCCCGCCCUGCCGCCGUCCCCCACGCCCGCCCCCCACGCCCGCCCCCCCACGCCCGCCCCCCACGCCCGCCCCCCACGCCCGCUGGGGCGGCUCUACAGCGACUUCUGAGGAUGCUGGAUGGGCGGUGUUUUCAUUUCACUGCUGCUUUUGCGGGGGGCGGGGGGUGGGUCUUGAACUCGGGGCCGGGGCGCCGCCCCUGAGCGCGUUCACUCCAGGCUGGCGCUCUGCCACCUCGAGCCGCAGCGCCACCUCGGCUUUCCGGUGGCCCGGGGGAUUGGCGUCUCACGGACUUUCCCGCCCGGGGUGGCUCUGAACCGCCAGCCUCGGCUCUCCGCCUCCGAGCGUCUGGGGUGACGGGCGUGCGCACCGACCGGCCCCCGGCCGAUCCCCAGCCAUCGUGUCCCCCGCCCUGCGAGGAAAGGGAAAAUAAAAUGUGUCCCCUGGCC